GCUUUCGUGGUGGUGCGUUUGGCUUGUACGUUUGACCUUCAUCGCGUGGUCUGCUGGGUUUCCAACAACAACAAGGUAAAAUGUAUACAUUGGGGUCAACCAUACACCAUGAAACCAUUACAGCUGAUAUGAUGAGAGUUGUGGUUGUAGACAUACGAAAUGCUACAGCUCGAGUCCCUGUGCCCACUGAGGAUGUUCAGACAGUGGGACAGGCCCUUGGAAAUUUUAUCCUUUGGCCCCUUAGAUUAUCAAGAGCAAUUGUAAAGAAGGUUGAAGCACAAGGGCAGGAAGAUAUGAAUGAAUCACUACAACAACAAUUGCAGUCGCCACAACACAUAAUUCUAGAACAACUUGGUGUGUUGGCAGUGAAGAUCUCCCUUUCUCCUAUAGAGUUAGAAAUGCCUCCUGAAGUCACAAACAGGAAAUCUUCACUCUCUUUCUUCAUAUGUCAAAGGGAUAUUUUUGAAAUUCUCUCUGGCACUGAUAUGUUAUGUAUAUCAGUACUACAACUUUGGUUGUUGUAUUUACAUCGGUUGACCAUUGAAAAGAAGAAUGAUCACAUUUAUGGUUUUAUUGACCCUGUUGCCAUUCAAGGAGUUGGGAAUAAAGGUGAAGAGGUCCAAAACUACCUCUUAGAGGCUUUUGUAAACGGAAAAAAGCAAGUGUACUUAGCACCUUAUUUGCAACAGGGUCACUGGCAAUUGUUACUAAUUCUUCCUCAACAGUUUCUUGUAGUUCUCUUAUGUUCAUUGCACAAAAAACCUCACACUUUGGCAAUUAAAAAUACACUAAUAUUAGUGGUUGAGGCAUAUUCAAGGUUGCAGGGAACACAUAUCCUCUCUAGAAAGAAGUUGCAGUUCAUUGCACCAACUUGCUCACGUCAACCGGGAAGCUUUGAGUGCGGAUAUUAUGUCAUGAGGCACAUGCAGAAAAUUAUAUCCGCAAAUGUCGUUGACUCAUGGAAAUUGAUAUUUGAUGACACGUCUCCAAUGGAACAACAUGUCAUAAAGGAUGUUCGGGAGCAAUGGGCUGCAUUUCUUUUAACCAUUUGUAAAUGAUUGGAUGUUUCAAUAUUACAUUUUGUGUUUAGGAACUAUUUUAUGUGUACUAUGUUAGGUAAAUAUAGUUAGAAACUUUGUUAGGUAGAUAUUAUAUUUUGAUGUGUUGAUGAAAACAAUAUUGAUUA